CAAGAUUCAACAUCUGCUGCUUCUGCCCCCAAUGCUGCUUCUGCCCCCACUGCAACCCCUUCUUCUCCCGCUGCCCCAUCUCAGCCUUCCACAUCCGGCAGCGCCGCUUCUGACGCAGGGAACGGCAGCAGACGGAGCAGCGGGUCGGGGACCAUGGGAGGUGCUGGAGACGGAGGCCCCAACAGUGCUGCAACCAUCCUGUCUGGCUUCGGUGGCAUCACUGGGCUGGGCAACCUUGGGAUGGGCUCUGCCAACUUCAUGGAGCUCCAGCAGCAGAUGCAGCGGCAGCUGAUGUCCAACCCGGAGAUGCUUUCUCAGAUCAUGGAGAACCCUUUGGUGCAGAACAUGAUGUCCAACCCUGACCUCAUGAGGCAGAUGAUCAUGGCCAAUCCCCAGAUGCAGCAGCUCAUGGAGCGAAAUCCAGAGAUAAGCCACAUGCUGAAUAACCCGGAGCUCAUGAGGCAGACGAUGGAGUUGGCUCGUAACCCUGCCAUGAUGCAGGAGAUGAUGAGGAACCAGGACCGUGCUUUGAGUAACCUCGAGAGCAUUCCAGGAGGAUACAACGCCCUGCGCCGAAUGUACACGGACAUCCAGGAGCCCAUGUUUAGCGCAGCCAGGGAGCAGUUUGGCAACAACCCUUUCUCUUCCUUGACGGGGAAUUCGGAUAACUCGAGCUCUCAGCCUUUGCGAACGGAGAACCGAGAGCCGUUACCGAACCCCUGGAGCCCCACGCCCCCUGCGUCCCAGAGCCAGGCGCCCAGCAGCGAAGGGAGCACUGGCUCCUCCACCACCCAAAGCACACCGACCGUAUCCAACCCCUUCGGGCUGAGCGCUGCUAGCAUUGGGGCUGGCAUGUUUAACAGCCCAGAGAUGCAAGGGCUCCUGCAGCAGAUUUCUGAAAACCCUCAGCUGAUGCAGAACAUGAUCUCCGCUCCUUAUAUGCGGAGCAUGAUGCAAACCCUUGCCCAGAACCCGGACUUUGCAGCACAGAUCAUGGUAAAUGUCCCCCUCUUUGCUGGGAAUCCACAGCUUCAAGAACAGCUCCGCCUUCAGCUCCCUGUCUUCCUGCAGCAGAUGCAGAACCCAGACUCCCUCUCCAUUCUCACCAACCCCCGCGCCAUGCAGGCGCUCCUCCAGAUUCAGCAGGGACUCCAGACGCUGCAAACGGAGGCCCCAGGACUAGUGCCAAGCCUCGGCUCCUUCGGCAUGCCUCGAAUGCCCCCGUCCUCCACAGGAGGAAGCACAAUCCCGGAGAACCCCGUUCCCUCCGCUUCGACGCCGGCCAGUGCCUCUCCAGCUGGGGGUGGUAACCCCCAACAGCAGCUCAUGCAGCAGAUGAUCCAGCUGCUGGCCGGAGGAAGCUCUCAAGCGCAGAGCCCUGAAGUGCGAUUCCAACAGCAGCUGGAGCAGCUGAACGCCAUGGGCUUCAUAAACCGUGAGGCCAACCUCCAGGCGCUUAUUGCCACCGGUGGGGAUAUCAAUGCAGCUAUUGAGAGACUGCUGGGCUCCCAGCCUUCCUAAACUCCUAAACGCUGCCCCGCAGACGUCAGCACAUGCAUCCAUACACAUGCACAGGGGGAUCAUUUUCAUAUCUGACAGCUGUCCAUGUAUUUAAAACAAAAAAGAUACAGCUUAACCCCUGACCUUCCUACUAAGUUAAGAUUUCAUGUUGAAAUGCUCUUUAACUGGCUUGUAUGUGGAUUCCAGUUCUCAUCGUGGCCACAGAGACUUCAGAUGUGUAUUUUUUCCUAAAUAUGCCCUCUGUCUCAGACACUCUUCUCUCUCUCUCUAGAUGGUAGAGGCGAUACUUCUAGUUACUUACCUGAAUGAUUGUGUUUUGAGUAGCUUGAUUUUAACUGUACAUGACGCCCUCCCCCCCACCCCGGCCCCUCCUUUCAGGCAAAUAUUUAAAACUUGAGCCAAGUUUGGGUUUUGGUUAUUUUCCCCCCUCUCCUCCCCCCGGCAUCUCCUUGGGAAUGGAUCAAAAGGAAAACAUUGAAAUGCCCUGGAAAUU